UGUAGCCAGAUUCCCAGGAGCAGACCAAGGAAAGCAGGCAAUUCCCUUCACUGGGUCAUUUUCCCUCGAAGUUUGCUACACGGCACCAUGGUGGUCACCUACAAAGUCCGGGUGGCCACUGGAAACUAUCUCUGUGGAGGGACCAUGGACUCCAUUUCCAUCACGUUAGUGGGAUCCCAAGGGGAAAGUGGCAAGUUCCCUCUGGAUAAAUGUGGUCGAGAUUUUUCUCCUGGAGAGGUGGAUGACUACAAGGUCGAAAGCCAGCAAGACGUGGGUCCCAUCCUGCUGAUCCGGCUCCACAAGGAGCGCUACGGGGCUUUUCCCCAGACCAGCUGGAACUGCAGCUUUGUGGAAGUGAUGGCAACCGAAGGACAGAAGUACCAUUUCCCUUGCUAUCAGUGGAUUGUAGGGUACCAGACCCUGGAGCUCAGAGAAGGGGCAGCCAGAACUAUUGGUAUGGAUGCUGGAAACCCAUCAAUGUUACAACACCGGCAGAAAGAGUUGGAAGCAAAGCGGGAAUCCUACAGAUAUAAAGAAUAUCAGCCUGGGUGGCCCAUGUGCCUGGAUGCUGACACAGUGGACCACUUGCACCCGAACGAUCGCUAUUCCAGAAUUAAGGAAAACGUUUUUCAAGUGCAGAUGGUGACAGCUGAAGUAGAAUUGAAAAUGAAAGGCCUGCUGGACUGCACACAUUCCUGGAGAAAACUGGAUGAUAUCCGAAUGGCCUUUUGGUUUUACCGAUCCCCUGUCACAGAAUAUGUCAUUAGACACUGGCAGGAAGAUGCUUUCUUUGGCUACCAGUCUCUCAAUGGGGUGAACCCUAUUAUCAUCCGGAAGUGUGUUGAAAUCCCAGCCAAAUUCCCUGUCACGCAGGAGAUGGUGGCUGCAUCCUUGGGAAAGCACACCACACUGGACAAAGAGCUCAAGAAGGGUACCAUAUUCCUCAUAGACUGUUGGAUUUUGGAAGGCGUCCCAGCAACGAAACUCAAUGGAUCCCUCCAGUGUAUCUCUGCCCCUCUUUGCCUCUUGCAUUUCACUCCCCUGGGUGAGAUGAUCCCCAUCGCCAUCCAGCUGAUGCAAAAACCUGGACCGGAGAGCCCAAUUUUCUUGCCCACGGAUUCAGAGUGGGAUUGGGCAUUGGCAAAGUUCUGGGUGCGAAACAGCACUUUCUACAUCCACGAAAUCCUCGUCCAUCUGCUCUCGACUCACCUGGUAGUGGAAGUCUUCAUUCUAGCUACCUUGCGCAAUUUGCCUAUGUGCCACCCAGUCUAUAAGCUAUUAAUUCCUCACUUCCGAUAUACCUUACACAUCAACGUCCUUGGCCGGGUGAACCUUUUUUCCCUAGGAGGACUCAUUGAGCAGGCCACAGGUACGGGCUUCCAUGGUGUCUCUCACCUGUUGGCCAAGGGUCUUUCAACGGUAACGUAUACCAGCUUAUGCCUUCCUGAUGACCUCCAAGAGAGAGGGGUCGAAUCGCUCCCAAACUAUUACUACCGGGAUGAUGCUUUGAAGCUCUGGGAAGCCACUGAGAGCUUCGUGUCGGCAAUCGUGGCUCUCUACUACAAAAGCGACAGCUCCGUGAAGGAAGACUCCGAGGUCCAGGCUUGGGUGGCUGAGAUACUUGAGAAGUGUUUCUUUGGGCAAGAGUCUUCUGGUUUCCCUUCUCAGCUGGAAACCAUCAGUGAGCUAACCAAGUACCUAACCAUGGUGAUAUUCACCAGUUCUGUCCGCCACGCCAGUGUCAACAAUGGCCAGUUUGAUUUCGGGGCCUGGAUGCCCAACUACCCUUCCUCCAUGCGGAAGCCGCCCCCAAAAUCCAAGGGCAGCGUGACUUUUGGGGACAUCUUGGACACCUUGCCGGAUGUCAGCACAACCUGCAGCACUUUGCUGAUCCUUUGGCUUCUCAGCCGAGAACCAGGGGACAGGAGGCCCCUGGGUUGCUACCCAGAUGAGCAUUUCACCGAGGAAAGAGCAAAAGAAGCCAUUGUGGCUUUCCAGAGACGCCUGGUCCAGAUCUCCGAGGAAAUCGAGGAGAGGAACAAGGGCCUCCCGCUGCCUUACCAUUAUCUCUGUCCCAAAGAAAUAGAGAACAGCACCUCCAUUUAAAGCUUGAUCCUGGCUUCUCUCUGCUUCU